UGUGUGUGUGUUGAAUAUUGACACACAGGUAGCUAAGCUGGCCAGAGACCUCAAGGCCAAGGCUGAGCUGAGUGGUGCAGUGGUGGGUGGCAUGAGUGGAGCUUCCUCACUGGCUACUGGAGUCAUGGAAGGGGAGACUGCACUAAUUAGUGGGGGCAGCCCCUCAUUGCCUCAGGACACGGCACAGCCCACAUGUGACGAGGAGAGUGACACCAUCGCUGGAAUUAACUGACACUUUGUUAUUAAUUUUUUUAAUUCCCAUUUUUUGCACAUAAUAAUUAAUUUUUUGUAUUAUGCAUAAUAAGUUGAAUUGGGCGUGUCUCUAGCGUUUGUAAAAGGGGGCGUGUCUGGUAGGCAGAGUUAGCGAGUUCGAAGUAGAAGGUGCUAUAAAGAUGGCCCAGAGCUCUAUAAGCGGCUACUUCCCCUCCAAAAAGAGGAGGACUACUGAAGACCAUGCCGCCUCUAUCAAGAGACGGAAGCUCAGUCUCGUGGAGGACUCUACCACUACCACCUCACAGCCUGUUGGCAAGGCCACCACCUCUACAGCUACCUCUGUUAGCAAGGCCACCAGUAGUAGUAGUAGGACAAGGAGAGCUGGUACAAGGAGAAGCAAGACUAGCCAUGCCAAGGGGCAGCGAUCACUACAAGAUCUGUUUGAUGUCAUAGCCGAAGCUGCCAAGUCUGACAUUCCAGCACCUGGUGAACAAGCCGAUAGUUCAAAGGUCACAACACCACCUCCCUCUGAUGUCACCCCCUCGUUACAAUUGUCCCCAUGUCCCGAUACAAUGACCAAACUGUCUGCACUAAAGUCACACCUCCCCACCCCCCGAGGAGCUACCCUCCCUUCAACGCCCCCCAAAAGACCCCCCACACACCCUCCCAGACCCCCCACCUCUCGGGGAGCUGCUCUUGUUCAACUGGCCCAACUCAAGAGCCCUGUCAAGAACACCUCACACACACCACACACCUCACAGUCAAGACGCGAGAUGGUGGCAGAGAUGCAUCGACUGUCAGCACACGAGCUGGCACUACCCACCAGAGAAGAGAAACAGAGAGCCCCUGCAAUCAAUGCAAUCAAAGAGAGGGCCCCUGCGAUUAAAGAGUUCAGGUGUCUGGAGAUACAGAGUCCCACCAAGGAGACAGGCAGGAGUAAAGUGCCUGCUUACAAGCGCUUGCAAUCACUAGCAGAGCCUGUGCCGUUGACCUCUGACCUGCCCCUCCCCCCUUCCUAUGCCCUCCUAGCAGAGAGGUUUCGCUGCACAGACACAGUGGUCAACAUGUUGCACAAGAGACAGGAGAUGGCAACAUUCAAUAAACUAAAGAAAGCAGUACAAAAAAUGUCUCGAAGAGAUUUUGAAGUGCGUAAUCUUGCCCAGAUCAAGACAGUCCAUCCCACAGCCUUCAAGUUCCGGCAAGAGAAGAGCAUCCCUGGUUGCUAUGAUACUGGUUACCAACUCACCCUCGAGUGUGUCACUGAUGUGUCGUCUGAGGCCCUGAAGCCAGCUGAUCUAAUUAAGAGAAGGAAGGUAUUUCAUGACGGCCUUGUGUCUGUGGUGAGAGAGCAUCACAAGACGUUCCUAUUAUCUCUCGAUCCUCCAUUGAGUAUCCCAGAGGACAAAGUACAGCGUUGGCAUCCUGACUUCAAUCUGGACAGUCUGCCAGAGGUGGUUGAAUCACCCCUACCACAACCACCAUUACAAGAGAGCUAUACUGGAGCAGCUGAUGUGUUGCGUGAGGUUGGCUCUCGAUUGACCCCUAGAGUGACCUCUGCACUAUCAGAUGCUUGUCAGGGGGUGGUACAAGAGGCCACAACCCCUCUGUCCAUAGCCACACCCCUUGCUCUCAAGGGAAUCUCCCCAGACCUCCUGGAUAUGAUACGUGCAAAGGAGGCAACAAAGGCUCGAGCAACAAUCACACGAGAUCCUGUCAAAGAACGGAGGCUUGAGAUGGUUGCUAGGUUACCAGAGUUUGUGCGUAUCCUCCGUUGCCUGUUUGUGGUCGAGAAGAAAGCGUCUCUCUGCUGGGAGGACGUAGUGAGUAAAGUGUCUGACUCCACCCUCUCUAGGAUGGCCCCAGAGCGUGUGGCGGACCACCUCCACUGUCUGAGUGAGCUAGCACCUGAUUGGCUAACACUUGUCACUGUCAAGAAGAGACGCUAUGUCAAACUAAACAAAAGGGUGGACGUGAAAGCCACACUCGAGGUCAUUGCUCAGGCAGAGAACAAUCUCAAACAAUAGCCAUGUAUAUACUAUUACAUUUCAUUUUGGCUUUUACAUGCUAUUCCAUCUUUUAUUAUUGGCGAUCUUUACCAUCCA